AUGUCGACAUCAUUAGCAGAACAACUACGUCGUCUCCAAACUCCACAAACAUCACAGUUUGUUGAUGCACGAAAGCGUCAUUCGAUUUUAUUCACUUCAGAAGAAGCAGCAACAAAAUCACGCGAGACAAUUUAUGAGAUUGGAAUUAGUGGACUUCAUGAAUUAAUCGAAUUGAAUCCAGCUUUUGCAGAUUUUGAAGAUACUCUGUUUGAGCUAACUGCAAAAGACAUACAACGAGCAAUUGAAUCGAAGGAAGUUAAUGCGUUACUGGAUAAAAAUAUCAAACGAUUCAUGUUUCACUUGUCGCCUUAUUUCAUGAUUCCAGCAUCUCAUAAAUGUCUUGAAUGGCUCAUUCGUCGAUUCAGUAUCAAUUUAUAUAAUAAAGAUGAAUUUCUUAUGUUGAUAUUACCAUAUCAUCAAACAAAUAUGUUCGUUCGAUGCAUUCAAACAAUGAAGUUAAACAUUGCUGGAGAUAAAUGGGAAUUUCUGUCAGAAGUUAAGAAAUCAGGUUCACCAUUAUCGAAACAUGCAUUGUGGAAUCAUGGAGCAUCUCAACCAAGUUUCUUAGGAUUUAUAGGGAAAUUCACUCACGAUGCAGUUAAAGAACUUAAAGAUAAAGCUGGAACUUUACAAACAAUGUUCGCUUUCUACUUUUCCACUGUUGUGGGAGCGAUGGAAAAAGCGUCAAGUAUCAAUGAAAAUCAUAUUCUCUUCAUCACUAUGCAUUUGCCUAAAAUCUUUAAAUCGUCUGUCAUCGAUUUCCUUGCUACUGGUUACAUGAUUACAGCUCAACUUUUUUCAAAAACAAAACUGGAUGUUUCAUUAUUAAAUCAAUUCAUGAACAAAAUUACAAAUUCAGUUCAAACAUCGCUUUAUCAUAGUGUCGCUCUUUUACUGUCAUUAAUGUUUCAAACACAAACAGAAGAAUUGAAAAUCACUGACAAUGCUUUAGAGAACAUUAUUAAUUUCAAAUGGUUUCCAUCAGCUUUAGAGCAAAUGAGAAAUGAAGGAAAACCAUUCAUUGCUUUAUAUCUAGCAUUAAUUUCUAAACUUUUACAAAAUAUUGGAGAGAAAACUGAAGACUUUGCGAAAUAUACGAAAUAUUUUGAAAGUUUAAUGGCUGAAGUUGUUCUGGAUGAUGAUGAAGCUCAAAUUAUUAUUAGAUGCAUCAUCGACAGCUACACUCAUGUGCCAGCAAUUGGAGAAUCAGCUAAUCAAACAAAGAAAUUGGAUGAAAAAGUAGAAAACAGCGAAUUUAUCAUUACGUUAGAUUCUGAUGAUGAAGACAACAUUCCUCUGAAACCUGAAGAUGNGUUACAGGAAAUUUCGUUACAAUCAAACGCCGACAUCUAG